AUGCCGAAUGUCAAACGAAUGUUGAAUAUUAAACUAAUGGGCAUGAAAGGCGGGCGCGCUCCUGUGUGUGAAGGCUGUCACACUCGCAUCAAUGAGCGCUACCUGCUGCGCGUGCACGACUCUCUGUGGCACGAGCGCUGUGUGAAAUGUGCUGCCUGUGCUGAACCGCUGCGCAGCUCCUGCUUCCUGCGCGACUCCAAACUCUUCUGCAAACUCCACUACCGGCAACUGUUCUCAGUGCGCUGCAGGGCUUGCUCCGAGGGCAUCUCCCCAACCGAGCUGGUGAUGCGAGCAGGUGCCACAGUUUUCCACCUGCACUGUUUCUGCUGCUCAGUAUGUGAGUGCAGGCUGCAGAAGGGAGAUCAUUGUGUGCUGGCAGGGGACAAGCUGUACUGCACACAACACUACCAGCACACACUAAGCAGCCCUGCCACCACAGACUCAGGGCAAAGUGAGGAUGGAGAUGAUGAAGAGGAUGAUAGCAGCAUCAAGAUGGCAGAAGACAGUAACCCUCCUGGAGAAGGAGACCCAAAAAGGCCAAAGCGACCACGUACCAUUCUCACCACACAGCAGCGACGGGCAUUCAAGGCCUCAUUUGAAGUUUCAUCUAAGCCCUGCAGAAAAGUAAGAGAGACCUUGGCAGCAGAGACGGGCUUGAGUGUACGAGUUGUCCAGGUCUGGUUCCAGAACCAAAGAGCCAAGAUGAAAAAGCUUGCCAGGCGACAGCAGCAACAGCAGCAGCAGUGCCAGUCGCCAAAGGAGAAGAGAGACUGUCAAUCACAUGCUAAUGCGCCCUCUGGUGGAGAAUUUGCCGAAGAGCUAGAGAGCAUGAACACGUACUUACCUGUAGCUCAGCAACAGGAAACCCUCAGCUUUAAUGUGGACUUCAGACAAGGCCUUACACCUCCACAGAUGCCUGGUGAUCACAUGAACCCAUACGAGGCCUUCUACAGUGACAGAGAGGGCGACCAGCUCUGCUACCUUGGGAACAGUCUGUGCUUUGGGGAUGCAUCUGUCCUGACACCUAUUGACCGGCUAUAUUCCAUGCAGGAUUCGUAUUUUGCCUCCUGUGUAUAA